AUGCGUCCAAGUACAGUCAUCCUCCCAAUAUUCGCUUUCGCCAGCGGCGCUCUGGCACAAGGCACCUGCCCUGAAGGCACUACCCCAGUGGGCGAGUGUCCCCUUGGAAUCCCGUGCCCGCAACCGAACACUAUUUGUGUUAGUACGACAUGUUGCCAGUCAAAUUAG